AUGUCUCAACAAUCUGGAUUCCCCACAGUUGUGCCCGCAUACAUAAUCAAGUUCGAAGUAGGAGAAGGUAAUCCUGUUGGAGCAACCUCCUCCGGAUCCACGUUUAUCCACUAUUCUUCCCCGGGUGGCACAAUCUCUUCCGUGGAUGGCUUUUCGCCGAGCAUCGAUGCAAAAAUUGCCUUCGCCGGAGACUGGCUCUAUUUCGACCCCGAUCAGCACCACACCCGCAUGAAUGUCAAAGGCGUUGCUCGAACGACCGAUGGCGAAGCCACUUUCCAGGGUAUCAACUUUGCCUACUCGGGCGUUUCCACAGUUUCACCUGAUCUGGCGGGCAUUUUCAAUGGUCAGCCCAAGACAAUUCCCUUCGGGCAGUCGACACUGAACCUUACAUUUGAAGUGGGCGAUGCUCGCAUUAAGGAUCUUGAAAAUAGUGUUUGGAUUGGUAACGGCCGAUUCCUUUUCGAAGAAAACAAGCUUUGGGUGGAGGUGCGGGUGUCAAAGGUUGUUGCCAGUGAGGACAUGGAUUAA